GUUUUGGGUCAAAAUUCGGACCAUUUAUGUAUCGAUCAUGAAUCCCUGUUCGUGUUUGUUCUUGGUUGAUCUUCACGAUUUCCUCUUCUCUGUGUGUGAAGUUGGGUUUAUCUUUUAUCUUUUCUGGGUUCAUGAAAUUAUCGAUUUUGGGGUGCUUCGGUUGCCGCUAUGAUGUUCAUCUUUAGGGCGUAACCAUCGUCGUCGUCGUCGUCGUCUCUCACUGAGUUUUGGUAUGAAACUUGUUGCUCUCAAUUGGAAACCUAGGCCUGAUUUUUGUACCUUCCUUCACUGGAAACAAGGGUUUUUGCUUCUUUCUCCAUCAGGGUUUUGCCUGAAAUUCGCUUUCACUGCAUGAGCUUCGUCUUCCCAGGUUGUGAUUCUCUCUUAUUCUUCUUCGAAAUCCUCCUCCUCGGAUUGUUUCUCUGGUUUUGUCACAUGGGAUGGGUUCCUACUUGUCUGUUUGGGGGGCGGGAAAAAAAACUUGCGAGUUCUCUGUAUUUGCCGCAGUGUCCGACCAGACAUGCCCGGUUGUUUCUGCCGAUUCUGUCCCUCUCUUAUGCUUCACCUCUUUUGUCCAUUGCAGAUACUGUUCUCUCAAUGCAGAGCUUCGAUGAAGAAGACAAAGACCGAGUUGUUACCAGUUCUGUGCCCAAAGAACUCAGCCAUGUCCCCAUUCCAGGUGGUAAAAAGUUUGUGUACCAAGUGCUGAAUGGUCCUAACGAGCGUUGUUUGGAGAAUUUCCGCAUGGAUAAGCCCGUCUUCUACAAGCUCUGCGAUAUUCUGCAAACCAGAGGCUUGUUGCGCCACACCAACAGGAUCAAGAUCGAGGAGCAGCUUGCCAUAUUCUUGUUCAUCAUCGGCCAUAAUCUGCGAACUCGAGCUGUUCAAGAGCUGUUCAGAUACUCUGGGGAAACUAUCAGUCGCCAUUUCAACAAUGUCUUGAAUGCUGUCAUGGCGAUUUCCACUGAGUUCUUCCAUCCACCAGGGCCUGAUAUCCCACAUGAAAUCAUGGACGAUCCUCGUCUUUAUCCUUAUUUCAAGGAUUGUGUGGGAGUUGUUGACGGAAUACACAUUCCCGUCAUGGUGGGAGUAGACGAGCAAGGUCCUUUCCGCAACAAGAAGGGACUUCUUACGCAAAAUGUUCUUGCAGCUUUCUCACUUGAUCUCAGAUUCCAUUACGUUUUAGCCGGCUGGGAAGGCUCUGCUUCUGAUGAGCAAGUUCUCGCUGCUGCAUUGACCAGACGCAACAAAUUCCAUGUCCCCGAAGGAAAAUACUACCUUGUGGACUCUAAGUAUCCAAAUAUUCCGGGAUUCAUAGCCGCAUAUGAUGAUGUUAAGGUCCAAACAGGCGAAGAACCUAACGGUUAUCACCCGAAGGAUCCAAAGGAGCUAUUCAAUCAGCGGCAUUUGCUGCUUCACGUAGCAACUAACCGUAUAUUCGGGGCAUUGAAGGAGCGUUUCCCGAUUCUCCUUUCGGCUCCUCCAUACCCUUUACAAACGCAAGUGAAGCUGGUCAUCGUGGCUUGUGCACUGCACAACUUCGUCCUCUCCGAGAAACCUGAUGAUUUCGUUUUCAGGAUGUUCGAAAAUGAUAGAGUGGCAGGAACAGAAGACGCGUCAAUGGCUUCAGAGCAGGAACAGGAACAGCUUGUGCAAGAUGAGAAACAUGGACUAGAGCCGAUGGGUUUUACACAGGAACAGAUGGAAGAUAGUUUAAGGUUAAGGGAUGAAAUUGCAUCUGCUCUGUGGGAUAAUUACGUCCACCAAGAUCUGUCUUAGCUUGUAGCUUCAGUUUCAGGAAUCUUUUAGGUUUUUCUGUUUUGUCUUGUCAUUGUCUUUUCUAAAGCAAUGGUUUGAGAUAUAACCUAAUCAAACAGAAAAACCUCCCACUUAGACCAAACUGCAUCCAGUUUAUGACCGAACAAUCUCACACUCUAUGAAAUAAAAACAUGCUUUCAUUA